UAUAAGUAUUUAAAAUUACUUUUCAGAAUCUACUUUUUGUCUUCAUUAACACACGGUAUCCGUAAAGAAUUAAGCAUUUUAUGGAACUAAAGUAAAACAAAGAACCUAACGAUAUAACACCGAACUUCAUAAAUUUUAAUUUCCUUUAAAACAAAUAAGAAAAUGAAUUUUAAAAAAAAAUGAUAAAUUUAUCAAUCUAACUAGUAGUUAAUCUUUUAUCCGAAACGUGGCGCUGAAACCGUUAGGGCCAGAGUGUUGCCAUUUCGCCAAGCUUUGAAAUAAAUAAAUAAAUAAGACGUGUCGCAUACUCCAACAUAGAAGGAAAACUCUUUAUUCAUUAUUCAGUGAUAAGAAUGCUAAAUAACUUACUAAUUUUAUAUUUCAGUUCUCCAACUGAACACUGAAUUUUUAGCGAAUUUCUUGGAGAUAUUAUUUUUAUAUUAUUAGUAGUUAAAAUUUGUUUUAUAGUACUUUAAAUGUUUCCUUUAAAAUUAGAGUCAAUUCCAAAAAGCUUCUAAACUCAGAAGCACAUACGUAUCUUCGGUAAAAACAUUUCCACCACAAAUCAAAAAUAUUUUUCAGCCUAAUUAGUCACGAUAAAGCUUUAGUAAUAAAUUUUUUUCAAUCAAUUUACAAGGGCAGAGAAUAAAACAAAAUUCUAAGAGUUAUAAUUGGAUAGAAUUUGCAGAGUCCUUAAUAAGUUGAAUGACUUAGACGAAAAAAGAAAAAGGACGUUUAUUUAAAUAUCUUGUCUACUAGUCUGAAUUUGUAACGCUAUUAUAUCGCUCUAAAAUAACACCAUUCGAAUAAAUUAAGGUGUCAAUUUGACAGCGUUACGUAAAAGGAAAUAUUUACAACCUGCGAAUUUUUGAAUUCGAUAUUUGGUAGGAAUGAUUUUUAGUCAUUCAAAAUACCUAAUUUUUUAACAGACAUGAAAAACUGGAAGAAUAUUUUAGGACAACUUGAUAGAAAACUGUUUAUUUACAUAGUGUCAUUAAUUUUACCUUUUAUUUUAUUACCCUUAGCUCUGUCACCACUCCAAGAAUCGAGAUGUUCAUACGCUUUUAUACUUACUGCAAGUUACUGGAUUUUGGAACCAGUGCCUAUUUAUGUUUCUGGUUUAUUACCUGUAUUUUUAUUGCCUUUAUUGGGUCUUUUAAGUUCGCCAGAAGUUUGUGCCAACUACAUGAAGGAAAUAACUAUGUUAGUCAUCGGAAGCAUCCUUGUGUCCCAAGCUGUAGAGGAAUCCAAGUUACACGAAAGAAUUUCCCUGAAGAUUUUGCUGUUAAUUGGUACAGACUUGCAAUGGUUACUACUUGGUGUUAUGUUGUCUACAAUGUUUAUGUCAAUGUGGAUGAUAAACACUGCCACGACAGCUAUGAUGCUUCCUAUUGUCGAAGCAUUAUUGAAAAAAAUUAGUGCAUCUUUAAAUAGAAGUACGGAAUCGGCAAAAGUUAUUGGACAAUCACCUAUUUUAGAGACAUCUUUGACAGAGAAUAAAUGCAUCCAUGAUCCGAGGAUUGAUGAUUAUUCUGGAAAUGAGUACCAGAACCAAUCGCAAAUCAGAAUAGUGUUUCUUAUCAGUAUCUGUUAUUCAGCGAAUAUUGGAGGAACUGGAACAUUAACAGGAACGGGGUCCAAUUUUCUACUUAAAGGAUUAAUGGAAGAACAUUUUCCUGAAAGUGAUGAAAUAAAUUUUGCCACUUGGAUGAUUUACAGUAUUCCAGGAAUGCUCCUAUGCACUGUAAUUGCCUGGUUCUAUUUAUGGAAAAUCUAUCUCAGGAAAUCGAAGUACAACCCUACUUUAAAACAGGAAUUAUUUGAAACUAUUUCAAAGCGGUACGAAGAACUAGGUCCCUUAUCAUAUUGCGAGAAAGUGGUUUCGACAUUGUUCGUAAUUUUGCUGUUGUUGUGGUUGACACGUGACCCAAAAGUUAUGAAUGGAUGGAGUAAGCUAGUGGGAUUUGACAAAAAAGUUGGAGAUGUAGUACCCGCAAUUGCAAUUUCUUUCCUAUUGUUCCUUUUGCCCUCCGAUAUCAAAAAAUUUGAAAAUGGUCCCAUCUUGAAAUUUGAGAAAGCUUCAAAACAAAUUCCAUGGGGACUUAUCCUUAUUUUCGGAGGAAGCUACUCCCUUGCAUCUGCUGCUCAGGUAUACAAAAACUUUUUUUUUUUAAGAAAUCCAUUGUCUUUUUUAAAACAUUCUCAUCCUAAGCAAAUAUAAUCCCAUAAAGUAUUUAGUUUUAACAUUAUGAGUUGUAUUGUAAAGUUAGGAUUUAUUCU